GUGGAUAGUAGUCGUUCUACAUUUACACUAUCGACAAAAUAUUCGCAUAGGAAUUUAUAAUUGAUUUGUGGCAAUGAUGGUCAUUGAAUCUCGUCAGUUAUUCGUGUGAUGGUGUAAUCAUCAAAUAAUGAUAUCAUUUUUUCUCAGAACUGAGAAACCGAACGGCAGCUUCUUCAAAUUAAUAUUAUUUGAAGAAACCCAUUUUUCUUUAGAGUUGGAGAGGAAAUGAAAUGAUCCAUCUGAAUAGUACGACAAGGAUCAUGGGCAGAGGACAAGUGACUUUUUUGUCGUUAAUUUAAUUGAAGAAUUGACUGGUUAUUUAGUGGACGGCAUUUCUUCCUCCUAGAUGACAAAGACAUAAUGUCAAUGUAAGAAAGUGCGACAGCGCCUAAAUCAAGGUCCAGUUUUCAACGAUAACAAUAUCUAUCUAUGUGAGUGCAUGCGCGUUAUAAUAGUGUGUGUAAUGGUGGCAGCAGUAGUAGCUGAAACGUCGGCAAUGGCCGCAGGGGAUGCAUCAGUGGUAUCAAAAUCACUGCAAUAGAAGUAAUCGUGAACUACAAUGGUGGUUAUCAAGAGGGCUUAGUAAAACAUUUGUCGCAUCAGUGACUGUAGAGGGUUGAUUUGUCGCCCAUUUACAAUUGUUACAUAUUAGUAUGAGUGCUUAUUUAUUGAAAAUCUCACGAUACCGUUCAGGAAGUGAAUAAAAUAUCCGCCUCCCUUAUUCCUUUACUCUCCUAUUUCAAUCUCAUUAUUCUCUUCUAUAUUUCUCCCCCUUCGGUUUUUCUUUUGCUGGAUAAUACUGCGCAACACAACGCGCGCGCACUUUCUGAUGAGUGUACAUGUACAUGAUUGUAUGCUAGUCUUCUACUGUAGAUAUGAAAAGAGAAGAUUUCUCAAUUUCUUCAUGAUUUUUUGCUUCAAUACAAAGUGGAAAUACUAAAAAUUAUCUGGCCAUGGACUGGAAGAGAGCAAAAAAUUGACAAAGUAGCGAAAAACCUGAAAAAUAACCAUGGAAAUGGAAGAGUGGAAUAAAACCACUGAUAUUAUUGUGGACGAAAACGAGUUCUAUGAGGGUUAGAAAGAGGGUGAGAUCGAAGUUAUACGCGCGUGAGCCACGAGAAGGCGCUCAACUGUGGGUAGGAAGGGGAGUAAAAAGUGAAGGAGUUUGUGCACAGCAAAAGCGAAAAGGUAGUUAUAAGCGGGAAGAGGAAACAUGAAUGAAAUACAGUGGUGGUAAAGGCCGUGAGGCUCACUAAAUUAUCGAGCGGAAAAAUAAAAAACAAAUGAAAAACAUCGACGAAAGGUUUCAUGAUCGAAGGAUUGCUUUAUACAUCUGCCAAGCGCGGGGUGUGUCCAUGGAUCUUUAUACGCGUGCUGUUAGUGCGCGAUCAGUGUGUGUAUUCCUGGCACUACGGGUAGUGUCAUCAUACCUAACCAAUUUUCGCGUACGGCCAUUUUGACUUAAGAACAUUUGAUAUACAUUUAUCAAAGUCUUAAUAAUUUGGUAAGGUUUAGCAGGCGUAUAUAAGUUUGUUGGGACGACUCUUGAGACGCUAUAAUUAUACAAGAAAAGAGGAGACGGCUGGUGGCGUGGCGACGUCAGCGUGGCGGGUGUAGUCAGCAUGCAGCAUGAACCGCGUGUGUCGUCGCACCAUCAGCGUGAGGCCGAAGACGACGAAGAAGACAAAGUAUCAAAAUUUUUCAUUGCAGGAACAGAAAAAAGUGAAACGUGUAAAGUGGAAAAUACGUCACACAAGACACAGCUGUUGGGGUACGGUUGUCACAGACGUGCGAGAAGGAAAACAAAAUCGAAAAUAUAUUUUUGUUUACUGGACGCUUACAAAUUUCGUGCAUUAUUUGCAUAUCGUUGUGCCAAGUUCCGAUCGGACGAUAUUAUCGACAAACAGAGUUUCGACUGCAACGACGACGUAUUCGUGGUGGAAAAUUUCUUACCGACUACAGAGCAACAGCGGGUGCGUUUGUUGCCGCGUGGCCGACAUCGGUAUUGGAUUAUCGCUUUUGCUGGCGCGAGCGGUUUUCGGCCAUCAACCGCUAUUCGGCGUCAUCAUUGAAUACAUCAGGCGGCAACUGGUUUCUUUACCAGGUGCUGUGGCAAUCCGAGGCGUCAGCUGCGGCAGCGGCGGCGUGUCCAGGCCAUUGUGGCUGUUUCAGCGAUGCGGCCCGGAUCAAACAGGACCAUCAACCCACGCCGUCGUCCCUAUCGCCGGCGAGCCAGAUCAGAGCCAGCGUGGUGGUGUAUACAAAAGGAAAAGAUAGGAGAAGGCAUAAGCGAAAGCGCAGACCAAAUUCUGGCCAGCAAAGUGCUCGGGAAGAAGGAUAUUAUUGGUUUUGCAGGAAAAAGGAUUGGCAUUGUUCGACAAGAACAUACAGUAGAAGUGGGAGGUCGACGCUCGCCUCCUGGAAGGAGCGCCGACAACGUCGUCGUGGGGACGUCAGUGUCCCCUGCCACGUGCUCAUGCAACUCGAGCAUCCUGCCCGUAUCACGGGAUCACCAUCUACGACGGAGGCAAGAAGCGUGUGGAAUGUUUCGUCGCAAUUACAAAUUUAUAAAUCAGCGACAACAACCACUUACUAUAUUUGCUCUUCGUCAAUAUAUUAUUUCAUUAACGACGUACGUAGAAACGAUAUAUGUAGAGGAUACAGAAUUCUCUUCAAUGCUACUCAUUCCAAAUACGAUUAUCCAUUUCGGUACAAUACAUAUACGAUAUAUAUUACGUGUUGCCUUCCCGAUUGGAUGCGUUCCCCACAUCAUACACUUGUUCAACAAAAUCAUGAACAGGUCGUGCAAAAUGAGACAUACGAUGCAGAGUUAUUCUUGGAAAUUUCAUUGGUCAGGAAGAGCACUAAGUUUUCUAUUCCUAUCGAUGUGCUUGGAAACACUGCCUUUAAUUAUUUCCAUUAUUAUAAAACCAGAUACAUUUUACCAGUCAGAUCGGUUUUCCUCAAAAAUGAGAAAAGAUUCUGUAUCAAUUUACUGGAUUAUACAAUCACUGAAACGAAUAGCCUUGAACAAUGUCCGUUGUUUACGACUCCUCACAUAUUUAGCGAAUGGAAGGUAUCAGAGGACUGGAGAGAAACCUAUUAUUCAGGACACAAAACGAAUCGGCUUCAGAAUACCACUACCACCAAAAAGGAACCUAACAAUCUGUCGUUGGCUGAACACGUUAACACUGCCUCGAUCGGAGAGACAAUUAGGAAAACAUUACACUUUCGCAAAUAUGAAAAACGCGAAGUUGAUGAAUGUCCACGCCGCAAAGUUAGUGGAGGGAGUUAUGGAUUACUUCUUCUUCUAUACUUUUUGGCCCUACCGUUACUAUGCUCGACGUUUCCGUCAACGGGUAUUAUUACAUCAGUAUCGUUCGUCCAAAAAUCAUUACUUGUACACACUGAUAAUAAUACUGUACAUCAUUUAUCUCCAGCUGCGGGGUUCCGUAGCGCUGGCAGUCAUAUUGAUGUACAGUCAAACAAAGAACAUCCGCAAGGCAGAAAACCGAUUCAUCCGUACAACGAAUAUACCUGGGAGGUGAACCAGAUAAAUCCUUGGCUUUCGGCCUGUGAUUUGGCAGGCCCAGCACCGGCCGAUCUUCAGGGCAGUUGUGGACCUCCCGAAGUACCUAAGUAUUGCCCAAUACCGUGCUCAUCAAGUAUUAAUUCUGAUCGGAUAUUUCGUGAGGUUGUUGAACGUCUCGUUGUACCAAAAAAGUGGCGUACCGGUUCAGCUGCUAAAAUACAAUGGAAAACAUUUGAUAGAACAGAUACAGAUACUAUGGCUCCGGAUCAGUGCCUUUUUUACCUUGAGGAGUCGCACAAACGGGACAUUUGUCGAGAAGAUUUCGCACGGUCCAGUUCGUUGAGUUUUUCAACCUCACGGGAAAAUCGAUAUUGGUUUCUGAGUGGCCUCCGUUUACGUCAUUGCUGUGAGAAUGCGGUGAUAAAUGCCUUAGCACCAGGUGAUGGCGGACCUCUGGAGGACGUUUUAAAUGGUAGCCCAAGAUGUGUUAGUGCCCUCGACAAGAUAUUAAGUGUUGAUGCACUUGCUGCUAGAUUACAUUGUGAGUUUGAAGAGGUAUUGGCGCGAUAUGAUUGCCGCCAGUCAUAUUCUGUCAUCCAUAACUGCACCCAUUGCAAGGAAGCGUAUAGAAAAUGGGUGUGUAGCUCCCUGGUGCCUUAUUUUGCUCAUGAGGGACCGUCGAUCUCAUUGAACUCAGUGGAAAUUUACGUUGGUACGAGAUUGAGGCCCUGUCGGUCAUUCUGUCAAUCCGUAGAACAACGUUGUCCUUACCUACUUCCAGGCGACCGUGCACCUGCAUAUCCAACGCAAUACGCUGGUGAACCCACGUUUCUAUGCAGAGAUCCGAAUAUACCGGAAACGGGUGGGCAGGCGGUGAGAGCUCUCCACGGAGACGAGGGCGAAGAAUGUUGUUUCCGUGUUUGUUCCGACGAUGCACCAGGAUUAGGGGUCUGUGCAAAUUGCACUGAUAAUAAACCCCAUGGACGUCGUAUUGGUCGGGAUCCACCAUCAGCACCUCAUUGCGAGAUGACUAACGUAGUUCAUUCGCAUUUUGCAGAUCCACGAAAUAAUGCAGAAGAUCGUCCAGAAUUGUCCUUAUCGGCACCAGUAUCUACCACGAGUGCCUCCUCUUCAUUCUGUGUCAGUGGUGGAACUGACUCGGCACCAUCAUUAUCGUCAUCAUCGAGUCAUCUAGCAUUACCAUCAGUUCCAAUAUCGUUACUGUGUCUUCUGUGGAUUUGGGUUACUUUAAUUUCCGUAUAUCAGAUGGCAUUUCCUUUAAGCCUAGCGCUGAAAGCUGAAUUAAAAUGUAAUGUGCCAUUCUGGUUAGUGAGAAAUGAUACUCGGACUGUUUCCAAAUCAACAGCCAUAAAAUACACAUUAUCAAUAAUAAAAUCGCCCAUAAUUACAACAGUGGCUCAAAAGUUAUCUCGUGUGAUGUUUUAUAACCUAGCGUGGAUUUUAUUUGUAUGCCGUUGGCGACACUGGUAUUACUGGUUAUUGACAGCGUAUAGAUGCACUUCAAAAAUCUUUUUGCCAAUAUUCGAGUUGCGCCAUCUUCCAAAACGCGUGAAUUUGAGGGAACAAGAUAAUUACCAUCAUGAUAGGGAUACAGGAUCUUUUCCAUUUGACAGAUGGUGUUAUUGUCGUCAUAGUCUUUCAAUAUGGAGAAAAGUCAGGAUAAGUGGUGGACGCCUGAAGAGAAGAAGACGACGGCAAUACUGGUUCAGCACAUGGAAGUGGGAAGAAUCUUCUUAAGGCCCCACGAGUGUAGAUAUAUGGAUGUAAAAAAUUGUGAAAUUGUGUAUGUAUGUUUAUGCCUAUGGGUCAAUAAAUGGCACAAAUCAGAUUCAACUUAGAGCGACACAAUUAUUUUUUCAUGGUUGAGUCCAGUUGAUUGGGAUUUUGUUCUCUUCCACCUUGCCAUUACACGAAAACUACACUUUUAAUAUACAAGAAAAAUAACUUACGGAUAAUCAGAAGAGAUAAAGGGAAUUAAAAAAUGUUUCCCAUGUCAUGAAGUUUUUUUAAUACAAUGAUGAAUUCAUUAAACAAUGAUAUGCAGAAAAUCAUACAGGCUAGGGGCAGGGCAAUAAUAUCAAAAAAUCCUGAACUAACUACUCAUGCAUGAAGUUAGAUAGGGUAUCAAGAAGUUCAGAAUUUUGCAUAUCGUUAUUUAAUAAAUUCUUCAAUCUCUAAAAAGGUUUUCAUAACAUUGACUGCAUUUUUCGGAAUUCCCUCCACUUCGCCGGAAUAUCCUGAAAUUCAAAAACAAUCAGGAUAAUUUUAACGGAUUAUCGUGGCCAGUAGAGACGUGCAAAAUUUCAUGAAUUAUUCCAUCAAUAUACACUCGUCGACUAGACUUCAGAAAUUUAGUAAGCAGUUAUGCCCGCACUCGUGGGGCCUUAAUCGAUCGCAUUUGUCUCUGAGGGGUAAAUUUCGUCAAAGCAAUAAAUUCACGGAAAUUGAAUAUAAUUUGUUCAAUAGAAUGACCGAACUAUAAACCUGAAAAUAUUGAAAUAAUAAUUGAAAUUGAUGAAUUAAAUAAUAAGAUUAGAAAUUGUAAAGCAGGGACACAUUCAAGUCUCUUUGCUAAAUCACCGAUGACAGGGUCAGGCCAGUGUCUGCGUGAUUAUUACGAUCAUGUCGAUCUUUGUCGGCCACGAGAAGAAUUCCAUGCAGACAUAGUACAUCAAAAUGAUGCAAAUUAAAUAUUAAAUAUACAUAUUGUGGCAUAAAAUAAAACUUCCCAUUUCAUUUUUUUUCCUUUCAUCAAUAUAAGCUAACAUUGCCUUCCACCAAGCAUACUUCCACUUUUGGCAUUAAAAAUCAAGAGUUCCUUCCAUCCUCGAGUCCUGAAAAUCACAUCAUCUCUUACCCCAUGCAUUGGAGAUAAUGACGAUGAUAUGUUUUUCCUGGCGAGGUACGAACUAGUACCUUUCAAAAAAUUGUACCUUUCAAGCCACACGAUACGAAAAUAAUAUUGAAUUCACUAAAUCCUAACACAGAAUUCUGAACGAUCAGUCACGUAGCGAAUGAAUUUUGUUGCCACGAAGUUUACAAGAGGUAUAACGUCUACAUGAAAGCAAAAGGUGAUUUUAGAAUUGUCGGCUUUAAUUGUUUGGACAAUGCUCCUUUCAAAAAGGGACAAAUACGAAGGAUGGAAUUCAUGUUGAGAGUUAAUUUUAACUUGAAGUGAGAGAACAAAAGGAAAAUAAAAUUACUAGCAAAUGAAGGGACGGCAAAAUAAUGAAGAAGACAGGAUCACUGCAUACUCAUCCCGAAAGGACCUAACAAUAAUAUUUAAAAUACAAUAAUAACAAUAGGAAAACUAUAUUAUCUAAAUUUCAAGUGAAGAACUCAUCAAUUAAUGAAUUGAUAGCGAUGAAAUUGAAAUCAAAGAAGGGAAGGAGGAUACCGUGAUGAUUUAAUAAUACAAUUAUUAUAUACAAUUCACUUACUUAUAUAUAAAUACAUUAAAUAAUUAUUGUAAUUAAAAAAGUGAUUAAAUCGUUUAUCGAACAUCAAGAAAUAAGAAACCGCAAAAAAUCUGAAUUAAUCUGAAAAGCAAUUCAUACAGAAAGGAACUUAAUUAAAAAGUGGUAGAACAGUGGGCAGAUGAUAUAAUUGUAGAAGAUAUCCCUGGAAAAAAAAAGAUUUUGUGCGAUGGCAUCAAACAGAAAAUCCGUUCAAAAUAAAAUUAUUAUAAGUGGUGAGAGCAGAAUUGGAUGGGUUGAUGAAAAAAGUCCCCACAAAUAAAAAAAAAAGUAAUCAUUUAAUGAAGGUUGAAAAUGAUUAUUGUUAUCGAGGUAUAAUAUGUGUUCGUUUAGUCAUUACAUAAAUAUAUAGCUCUUACAAUGGACGUCGGACAAAAAGAGAAAAUAUGUCACAAUGAGCAAAUUAUGAAUGAUAAAGUGAGUAAUAGAAGUUGCAAAUUAUGAAUGACUUAGAAAAAGGAAGAGUAUGAAAAACGCAUUGUUGCGAAUGAAAAGCAGGUAAAAACAAAAAAUAUUGAGUUAACAUAGGAUAAUGAAAUCAACUAUGUUGAAUUCAAUGAUGCACCUAUUUGGAAAAUUUCAAAAACAAAAAUAUACAUACAUUUUUGUAGCAAUGAAAAUGAAGGAAAACACAAAAUAUUCAUAGCCAAAACGUGAUAUGGUGAUAGAAGAUAAAAUGUGUGAUUUCGUUUCCCUUCCUUUAUUCAUUUAUUUUCCUUUUUCGUAAAAUUUUUUUCAUUAAAUUAGUUUUAAAGUUACAUCUGACUUUUGGAAAUGGUGGGUUAAUUAUCAAGGAAGUGAAGAAGAGGUGAUCGAUCGGAAAAUUUCUCGUUAAAAUAUCCCCGAGAAUAGUGUGUCAGUAGAAAUAUCACAAAGCCAACAUAUUUCAUGGAAAAAUAUCACAAGCCAAAAUAUUUCACUUUGGUUUUUCAAUGUGUAAUUGGACGAAGUCGAAGUGGAAUAAAUAUUUGAAACUCAUCGGUUUCAUUAGUUUAUAAUUAUCUGAUAAAAUGCAUCAUUCGGUUUAUCCAUGCGGCAUUACUCACAGUCUGUCCUUCCGAUCAUGCCUUCGUUUUUCCAAUUAUUUAUAAUUAUUUCUAGAUUUACCAUUUCCUUCGAUUUUUUCACAUUUUUUUGAGUUUCAUUUUCCCGUGAUAUUUAUUGCCUAUGAUCUUUUCAUUUGGCAUAUUAUUGUAUAAAAUAUUAGUAGUUACUAUUUUUUUAGCAUGAAAUAUUUUUUUGCAUAUUUUUGUAUUUUGGUAUGAGAUAUUUUUUCUGUGAUAUUUUGAGCGAGAACUUAAUAAACGAUAGUUGAGGGGAGGGAAAGGGGAGAAGGCAGAGACUUUUUCAGAGACAGACAUAUUUAGGUGUUAGUAACAAAACAGAUAAGGAUUCGUGGCAAUUAUCCAACAUAAAAAAUCGCAUCUUGACACGAUUGCCGCAUGCAUUUCACCCCCACUGCCACACAAUCUGCCUCUCCUUCCUUUAAUGAGCACGAGGAUAUAGGUCAUGAUACGCACAAAUUCAGUACGAUAUUAAGACAUAUAAGAUCUACCUUCUUAAAGAAUUCUUUAUUUUAUUUUAUAUUGUUUUUGUACGUAUUUUCCGUGUGAAAUUUCAUGUGUGGGCCAAGAAAAACCGAACAUUGGUGGCUUUCCUUGGAAACAUCAGUUUAUUAUUAAAGAAAAAUCUUGCGGCCUAGGAAAUCUAUUAUAGACGAGAAAAAAUGAGAUGAGAGUAAAAAAUUAGAGGAGAUUAGUAUACGCUGUCAGAAUAAAAGAAAUAUUGUAGAAUAACCAACUACUUUCUGUUACUAUCCGUGUUUCAUACUGAAUUCUAGUUUCACCUUGAGAAUUAUCGGGCGAAAUAGAGGGAAUUAAAAAAUACAUCCCAUUUUAUGAUUUUUUUAUUCCCAUUACCUCGCUCGAUGAUUCUUAAAGGCACUUUGAAAAUUUUUAAGAUCUAAAAAUGCCUUUUCAUUCAUGUGUUCUCAUUCCCUCAGAAAUGAAUAUAUGGCAAAAAUAGAAUACGUUCUGCAUGUUUUUGCCUAUAUAAGUAUGAUAGACAUAGGAAGAAACAUGGUUUAUAUAAGAUUUCUAUACUCAUUAUAUAUUUCCCAUAUAUAUUCCUGUAUAUAUGUCUAUCUGAAGUUCCAUAUAUGAGGAAAAAUACAUUGUCAUAUACUUUUCAUGUCCAUAUAUUCUUAGACACGCAUGUAUCUGCGUCUUUCCACCGAACAUCGACGGACAUUAUACGUUUAGAUUUUUUACAUUUAAUUUGCUGUCUUUUCCUAGUCGUGUAUAAAUUGCUUGAUAAUUAUUCGCGUCCCGCAUCGUCAAAUCAUUUUUGGAUUAAAUUUUUUCCCAUGUUCUUGAAAAAAAACGGACUAAAUUUCUGCCCGUAAUUUUUGGAAUUGAAACAUUAACCAUUGAACGAUGAAGUAGGUUUAACUUUUCCCAAAAAAGGAAGCGGUAAAUGUCUAGUUCAGGUCCACCAAACCGUUUUGGAUGUUUUUUAUUUGGUUGGAUGGGUUUCCGUCACCAAAUUAAUGAUCUGAUCAUCUUUUUAUUCGGAAACAAUUAGUAUGGGAGAUAUGACAUUUUACACCGCUCUCUGCGUUAUCUAGGGCCACGGCGAGGACGUGGCGGUGCGUCAGCCCCAAAGACACCACAUGUUGGCACAUUUAUAGACAAUGGACACACAGAACGAUGGAUUUCAUCAAAUAGUCCUGAGCACUUCACUAAAACUCUGAAUUCACCUCACCCGACCAUCUACCAUCGCUGACUGAACACAACGAGUGAUUUAUCCGCCGCUACCCUUCUGUAGCAAUUCAAAUUAUUGAAUUUAAUAUCACUC